CAGUCUCUGAGUAUCCCAUUUUUAGCCUUUCAACUCAUCUCUCCAGUCUCUUAAAAAGUUCGAAAAACCACCUCGAAGAUGCAUUCGUUUUUGUGUUCUCUUUCAAUUGCUACUUCUGCUUUGGCACUCGUCAGUGCAUCACCUACCGUCACUAUUCCAGCGGGAACACUUCAAGGCGCAACGUGUUCCAACGGGGCAAGUGCGUUCCUCUCAGUUCCGUUUGCCGUUCCACCCGUUGGAAACCUCCGAUGGACAUCACCACAGGCAUACAACCAAACCUUCCCAGAAAAUGGCUACAAUGCUACUACGAGAGGUCCCAUAUGCAUUCAGUUUGGAAAAGACUUUUCCGACCCCGGAACAGAGUCUGAAGACUGUCUUUACGUCAAUGUUUGGGCUCCUGCAAGUGCAACUAGUUCUUCAAACCUUCCUGUCAAGGUAUGGGUAUACGGUGGUGGUCAACAAGGUGGCGGAAUCCAGAAUCCCUUAUAUGAUGGCUGCAACCUCGCAGCACACGACACUCUGCUAGUCUCCAUCAACUACCGACUUGGGCCGUUAGGGUAUCUCACUCUGGAUGCUGCUGGAAUAGGCGGGAACUUUGGCACUCAAGAUCUCAUUCUCGGAUUGGAAUGGGUCCAAUCACAUAUUUCUGCAUUCGGAGGAGACCCAAAAAAGGUUCUCUUAUUCGGAGAAUCAGCGGGAGCUACAAAUGUCUUCAUCCUUAGCACGCUGCCGAAAGCAACUUCCCUCUUCAACGCAGCUAUUUGGGAAUCAGGAGCUGGGCCACAACUUGCUACUCCGGUCGUUGCUAACACCCUCGGAACAACAUAUGCAACCAAACUCAAUUGCAGCAAUGCAGAUGUUGCGGCCUGCCUCAGAUCGGUCUCAACAACGACGUUACAAGACACUGCACCAGAAGGAGGCCUCGUAAUCAUCUACAGCAAUCUCAACCCCUUAGACUUCCAACCGUACGUCGACAGCGUCACAAUUCCCGCCCAACCCUGGGGCGUUGGCCCAAAAGUCCCCAUGAUCUUUGGCUCUAACGCCGACGAGGGCGGUCUCUUCGCUCUGGGCACUUACAUGUCCCCCAUCAUCUCCCCAGAAAACUACACCAUCUUCCUGAACGAAAAUUUCGGCACUGCAGCCUCUCUAGUCGCCCAACAAUACCCCCUAACACUCCCCGCAUUCAACAAAUCCGGCUUCCCGGCAUUCACAGCAAUCAGCACAAUCAUCACACAAGCGCAGUUCACCUGCCCCGCAUACCAAGCAAUGCUCAAAGCGCAAGCGAACAACAUCUCAGUCUACACAUACCUCAACUCUCAUAUCCCUUCUUGCCAAUGGUGGCCAUCCCUUCCCGCGCCAGCUAUCCCUUUCGUAGGUGCGACGCAUACUUCUGAGAUCCCGUUCGUCUUUGGCAACGGUAUUGGCCAGCCUUUGAGUUCGCCGAACGGGACUUGCAAUUUCACCGCCCAGGAGAGCGUGCUGAGCGAGAGCUUGGUAGCAGCGUGGACUGCUAUGGCUGAGACGGGGAAUCCAAGCGUGUCAGGGGGGUUGCAGUGGCCGCAGUGGGAUAAGAGUUCGAGCAUGGGGGUUACUAUUGUGAAUGGGACGACUGUUGGUACGGUCGAUUACUCGUUCUGCGAGUUUUGGGAUAUGAUUGAUAGAGUUUAUUUAAACUUCACUGAUCUUAGUUCUGGUGCGAAUGGAACGGGUGGAAAUGGCAGUACUGGGACUGGAAGUGGGACAGGAAACAAGUCUGGUGCUAAAGGCGUUGAAAUUGGAGUCUGUGGUUUGACUUUGGUUGUUGGGAUUGUGAUUUCGGUUCUGGUGGGUUGACGGAGGGAUGUGCAUACGAUUUUCGCUGCUUUGCAUUAACUAAAGAGAAAA